AUGCAUUUGAGCAGCUUCUCGCUGCUUGCUCUGGGAGCAGCAAGCGCUAAUGCCUUCCGUGACACUUCGCCCUUCUUCCUUGCAUCGACCUCUGAGAUCCUCUCUACUUCGUCCCAACUCAAAUCCGCUCCCUCCUUGCUAGAUGACCUUUCCUCGAAGCUUAGCUCGUGUCCCUCCGACUAUUAUGUCAUUGCCUCCCAACCCGGUGUUCAUAGCACCGAUUUCUCGACUCGCAAGUCUGCUCCCCGCCUGGGCGCGAAGAUGACGGGAAAGGAUAAGACUAUCCGGUCGACUGCGACAGUCAACGAAGUUGUUGGUGUGCUUGAAGCGAAGCAGAUCCAAAGCAUUAUCGAAAAGGAAUGUGGGGCGCAAACUACUGCUAUUGAUGGUUCCUCUGGCUCUUAUCCAUCUGACUUUGGCCCCGACCCCCGAGUCCUUUUUAUUGAUUUCCCUGUGCUCCCCCUGGGGAAGGAGAGGGCUCAGCAACUUUCUGAUAAUGACGGCCUACUUUCUGAUAUUAUUGAACGAAUUCCUUCGUCGAAGAAGUACACCCUUCUCUAUGUAACAUCGCCGAGGGAAUUUGGAGAGUCCGAUUCGGGUAUCUAUCAAUCUGAAACUGAUCCCUACCAAGAUCCCGUCCACAUGGACUUGAAGCGAGACUUUGCGGCGCAUAGCCGUCGUUCGGAGCCUGCAUCUAACAAGUCACUCUUCCAGGAGUAUCAAUACUUCACACCAGGCCUCUUCAUGGGACUCAUGGCAACAUUUGUCUUCAUUAUGAUCUUGUAUGUCGGUUUCAGCGCCCUUGCCAGUCUCGAAGUUCCUUACGCCGCUUUUGAAAAAGACACGUCCGCCAGUGUGCAGAAGAAGCAGCAGUGA